AAGCCCCCAUCACAUGGAUGGUUGUCUAUUAACUUGUUCAAAAAAGUAUCAGGAGUUGUCAAGGCAGAGAGAGAGAAAGAGAGGGAGAGGGAGAGGGAGUGCGCGUGUUUGCAAAAGGGGGCAAAGGAGUUUGCUGGCUCUUUAAGACCGAGGUGGAGGGAAAGCGCUGGAGAGAGGCAGAGAAAAGGGGCAAAAAGGAGAAAGAAGAAGUUUGGGUUUUUGGUUUGGUUUUUUUUUUGUUUUGUUUUGGUUUUUUGGUUGUGGUUUUUUUUUUUUUUUUUUUUGCAAAGCCAGGCUGCAGCAGCCGCCACCGCCACCGGCCUGAUCCCUCCGACAGGCAAGAGGAAGCCCCUGAUCCUGAUCCAAGCGCGGGGUGUUUCGGGGAGCCCCCUCCCCCCCUUGCACACCCCUCCCUAGCCGGAGAGAAAGUCCAGCUCGGGACGUUUGCUUCUCGCUUCUCCGCGGAAGCCUCGGGCCAGGCAGAAGCCGCUUGAAUGUACAACAUGAUGGAAACCGAGCUCAAGCCGCCCGCCCCCCAGCCCGCCUCGGGAGGCGGCACGGGCAACUCCAACUCGGCCGCUCCCAACCAGAAGAACAGCCCGGACCGGGUCAAGCGCCCCAUGAACGCCUUCAUGGUCUGGUCCCGGGGCCAGCGGCGGAAAAUGGCCCAGGAGAACCCCAAGAUGCACAACUCGGAGAUCAGCAAGCGGCUCGGGGCCGAGUGGAAACUUUUAUCCGAGGCGGAGAAGAGACCCUUCAUCGAUGAAGCCAAGCGGCUCCGCGCUCUGCACAUGAAGGAGCACCCGGAUUAUAAAUACCGACCCCGGCGGAAAACCAAGACCCUGAUGAAGAAGGAUAAGUACACGUUGCCAGGGGGCUUGCUGGCGCCGGGCACCAAUAGCAUGACCACCGGGGUCGGGGUUGGGGCCACCUUGGGAGCUGGGGUGAACCAGAGGAUGGACAGUUAUGCUCACAUGAACGGCUGGACCAACGGAGGGUAUGGGAUGAUGCAAGAUCAGCUCGGCUACCCCCAGCACCCGGGCUUGAACGCGCACAACGCGGCUCAGAUGCAGCCCAUGCACCGCUACGACGUGAGCGCCCUGCAGUACAACUCCAUGACCAGCUCGCAGACCUAUAUGAACGGAUCGCCCACCUACAGCAUGUCUUACUCCCAGCAAGGGACCCCGGGCAUGGCCCUGGGCUCCAUGGGCUCUGUGGUCAAGACGGAAUCCAGCUCCAGCCCCCCAGUAGUUACUUCCUCUUCCCAUUCCAGGGCUCCUUGCCAAGCUGGGGACCUUCGGGACAUGAUCAGCAUGUAUCUACCAGGUGCUGAAGUACCAGAACCAGCUGCCCCAAGCAGACUUCAUAUGUCCCAACACUACCAGAGUGCACCUGUUCCUGGCACAGCCAUUAAUGGCACACUUCCUCUAUCACAUAUGUAAGACAAAGGGGCAGGGGGGGAAGGAGAGCUGAACUCCAACCAACAAACAAAAAACUUUUAUUAGAGAUUCUGGACUUUUUUUUUUUUUUGGACUAUUUUUGUACAGAGAAAACUGGGGAGGGCAGAAAAAACAAAACAAAACAAACAAACAAAAACUAACCCCGCCGAGGACCUUGUAUAGAUCUGAAGGGGAAGAAACUACACAAAACUUUUUAAAAGUUCUAGUGAAACGGUAGGAACUUUGCAGAAAGUUUGCAAAAGUCUUUACCAAUAAUAUUUAGAGCUAGACUCAAAAAGCGACGAGGAAAAAAAAUGUUUUAAUAUUUGCAGGCGACUUUUGUACAGUAUUUAUCAAAAUAAACAUGGCAAUCAGAAUGUCCAUUGUUAAUAUGGGGGGGAAACACUUGAGAAUUUGCCAAUUAUUUUUUAAAAACAAAGUAGAGUUUACUUGGAGCCGCGCAGCUGAAUUAUAGCAGCUGCCAAAGGAGUGGAGAUUUAUUUUACAGAAUUUGGACAUUUUAAUUGUUUUAGAAAUUGUACAAAAGGCAAAAAAAUGUAGGAUAAGUACUUGCAAACCAGUGAAUUGGUUUUCUAUAAAAGGGCAAACGUUUAGAUUGUACUAAAUUUUUUUUACUUGUUAAAAAGCAAAAAUUGCCACUGCAGGUUCACAUACCGUUUGUUAAUUUAUAAUAGCCUUUUUGUUUCCAGAAUUCAUCCUGUUCAGAGAGAGAGAGAGAGACAGAGAAACCACACACACAAGCUGAAAUGACUGUGUUUGAAAUAUUUUCUUAUGGUUUGUAAUAUUUCUGUAAAUUUAUUGUGAUGCUAUUUUAAGUUCCUUUUUUUUUUCCUCUCAUUUUCCGUAGUUGUAUUUUAAAGAUUCGGCUCUGUAUUAUUUGAAAUCAGUCUGCCGACAGUCCAUGUAUAUAUUUGAACUAAUACCAUCCUUAUAACAGGUACAUAUUCAACUUAAGUUUUUACUCCAUUAUGCACAGUUUGAGAUAAAUAAAUUUUUGACAUAUGGACACUGAA